UCUCCGGGAAUUUCUUCUGUGCCCGAAAAUGUGGAAGAAGGAGCUCUACACUUCAACACCACUCUCGACAAUUCUAUUGCGCACAAGAAAAUUAGUGAAAAUCCAUUCUCCAAAAGAUGCUCCGUUAUUGAAUCCACUAUUACAAAUUUCUGCUUCGUGUUCUCCUUAUUCUUCUCCAUUUGUUCGUAAAAUUGAAAUCCAAUUUUUUCCUACUGCCGGAGGGAUAUUUUUCGGAGGCCCGAGGUUUUAUAACGGAAAUGUUAAUUUAUUUGUUAAAAAGAAGAACUUUUUCUGCUCGGAGUCGCAAUCCGCUGAAAAACAUCAGUGCUGGAAUUGCGAGGCCACUGCUGAUGGUACGACGCCGUUUCUGGUCUGUCAAUCGUGUCGCAGCGUCCAACCCGUUGAUCACUCGAUUGAUUAUUUUCAAAUUCUUGGAGUGGAAAGGAGAUACAACAUUGAAGUGGAUAAAUUAGAGGGGAAGUACAAAGACUGGCAAAAGAAGCUGCAUCCUGAUCUAGUUCAUUCUAAAUCCCAGAGAGAAAGGGAGUACGCGGCUGAACAAUCAGCUCGGGUAAUUGAUGCAUAUCGUACUCUCACAGACCCAUUGUCUAGAGCAAUCUAUAUAUUGAAGUUAGAAAAUGUGGUUGUGGAUGAAGAGGAAAGGAUUACAGACUCUGAAUUGCUUGCUGAGAUCAUGGAGCUGAGGGAAGCUGUCGAAGAAGCAGAUGGCAUCCAAGCAUUAAAUCAGAUCAAAGCUCAGGUACAGGGAAAAAUGCAAUAUUGGUGCAACUCCUUUGAAGAUGCGCUUCUGAAUAAAAAUUAUGAAGAUGCCACUGCUUCCAUCCAGCGAAUGACUUACUACAAACGUGCAAAUGAAGAAAUCAUUAAGAAGCUCUAACAGAGGCAACAACGAUCAUGUUUGGCUAAGCUCAAAAAACUUUACUUAUGAGUUUAAAAUAGAUUAAAGUUGAAAAUAAGUGAAGUUAUUUCGACAAUAAGAUAAAUAGAUCUUAAAAUUAGUAACUUUUUUUUGUUUAAAUUAAAAAGAAAGCAACAUAUCCGAAGGUUUCUCGAAACAAAGUAAGAAAUAAAUUUAAAAGUUACUUCUACUUUGUGUAAGCCUAGUUAAACAGUAAUUGGGUUUUUGUACUCACGUUUCACUUUAAUAUGUUGUCUAGUAAAAAUGCUUCAGUUGAGGAAUGUGAUUCAUUGUCUUGCCAAUGGAUGUGAUAUUA